GGAAGAGGCACAUGGGAAGAGUUUAAGGAAAGAGCACUACAGAAUUUUCACAAGGAGAAGGGGCAGGAGAUAAUGCCAGCAAUAGUCCAGACAGCGAGAGAAUCGAUGGAAGACUGGAUAAGAAGAGUGGAAAGGGUAGCGAAGGACGUAGGAGCGUCGAAGGAAGUGAUAAAAGAAAAGCUAUGUGUGGGAAUAUACAAUGGACAGCUGAGAGGAAAGGCGCUAAAGUGGAAGAAUCAGAGUAUAAAUUUGGAGGAACUGAAGCAGGGAAUAAUGUUGGAAAGUGAGGACAUGAAGUACAGAGGGAGAGCGCAGCAAGGAAGAAGAGCUAGAAGAGAAGGAAAAUGAGCAAUGGUCUGCUAUAAGUGUAAGAAAGAGGGACAUAUGAUGAAGGAGUGUCCAGAGUGAAGGAAAGACAAGGAAGAGAUAAAAGGGAGAAGCCAGCGGGUGGUAACAAGUAACCCAAGAGAAAACUUGAG